AUGAGUAUAUUCAGUUCAAGUGCAAAGAGAUUUUUGUCUGGAAAAAUGAGUCGACCUUUCAAAUCUUUAGUGUAUUCUUCCCAUGAUGUUGAAGACUGUACCAAAGUACUUUCAUUGUUCAGCUAUUACCCGCAAGAAGCUGUUGAUAAGUCUAUUGUUCUCAGAACCUUGGCGUUUCCGAUCAAUCCCUCUGACAUAAACCAGCUCGAGGGUGUUUAUCCCUCUAGGCCCGAAAAAACACUUGCUCUUGGCACCGAGCAACCUAGCGCUAUUGCAGGUAACGAGGGAGCAUUCGAGGUGGUGCAUGUACCAAGCCACGUGAAAGACUUGAGCGUAGGAGAUAUGGUCAUUCCAUUGCAGGCGAACUUUGGUACUUGGUCUUCCUAUCGAACCUGCAAGGAUGCUUCGGAGGUAGUCAAGUUGGAAGGCUGCGACAAAUUUGCUGCAGCUACUAUAGCUGUCAAUGGCUGUACAGCGUACCAGAUGCUGAACAACUACGUGAAUUGGGAUUCCAAUGGAAACGAUUGGCUGAUUCAGAAUGCAGGUACAUCAUCAGUUUCGAAAAUUGUCACUCAACUGGCCAAAAUGCGCAAUGUAAAGACCUUGAGCGUCAUUCGGGACCGCGACAAUUUUGAAGAGGUAGCUCGUGAACUGGAAACUAAAUACGGUGCUACUAAAGUCAUUUCAGAGUCGCAAAACAACGAUAAGGACUUUAGCAAGGAAGUUCUGCCUAAAAUUUUGGGGGCGGAUGCGCGUGUCAAACUGGCCCUAAACUCGGUGGGCGGAAAGUCCAGCUCUUCGAUAGCCCGCAAACUAGAUGCAAAUGCUAUUAUGCUAACCUACGGGGGCAUGUCUAAGCUACCUGUCAGCUUGCCACCAUCUCUACAUAUUUUUAAGGGUCUGCAAAGUCAAGGCUUUUGGGUUACGCAAAACUCCAAAGAGGAUCCUCAGGAUAAGCGUAGAACAGUCCAGGAAGUAGCCAGGCUAUAUGCUGAGGGGAAACUCAUCUCUCCUAAGGAUGAAGUCAGAGUUCUAGAAUGGGACGUUGACGGAAUGUCCGAUGAGCAGGUUCUUGAUCUCAUCAAGUUGGGUAUCACCCAGAAAGGAGGCAAGAAUAUGGUAGCUCUCAAAUGGUAG